CUUCACCUCAUUUCGCCCUCACAUUCCACGCAUUCACACACCAUUCUCAAUCGCGACGGUCCCCAGAGGCUAAUGCUACGCUUUGCUCAAUCGUCGUCAGCUUCUCCUGCCAAUCACAUGGACCUCAGCGUGCUGGAACGGCAAAGAGCGCAACUCCAACGCCUCUACCACCAGCAGCAACAGCAGAGUUGGCACAACCAAGAAAAUGAUUGUUUCGACUUGCUCUCGGUUGUUUCCAACAGUAAUGACUCGUCCAGGACGAAGGCAGUGGUUCCAAAAUCUGAUCAGCAAUGUAACAGUAGCUUGGCGAAUAGAGAAGCCAACAACGUCUCGUGUUCGCUCAAGAAAAGGAAAGCUGAGUUUGAUGUCGAAGAGGAUGGAAAGGAGAAAGGGGUUCUGGCAGAAGAGGAGAAAUCGGAGAUUACUAUGAAAACUGAAAGGGAAAAUUCAUCCAACACUUGUUCCAAGGUCUCUGAGGUUCAGAAGCCUGAUUACAUUCAUGUCAGGGCGAGACGGGGCCAGGCGACUGAUAGCCACAGCUUAGCAGAAAGAGCAAGGAGGGAAAAGAUCAGCAAGAAGAUGAAGUGUCUGCAAGAUUUAGUCCCAGGAUGUUAUAAGGUCACAGGCAAAGCCGGAAUGCUUGAUGAAAUCAUUAACUAUGUUCAAUCCUUACAAAAGCAAGUCGAGUUCCUUUCUAUGAAACUGGCUGCUGUAAAUCCGAGGCUCGACUUCAGCAUCGAUAACAUCUUUGCAAAAGAGAUUCCGGCAUAUAUAGCCAGUUUACCAGCAGCGCAAUUUGAGGCCGCCAAUUCAACGUGCUUGCAGUAUAACCCGAUGCAACCAGGACCCUCAAAUUGCGGGGUGGAUAUAGCAAUGGAUCGAUCUCAAAUGCUGCCACCACGACCAGGAACCUCUUCUUUGCCAAUCCCAGAAGCGUUCCUCGAUUCUUCUUGCAUCUCUCAAUUGCAGCAACUUUCAGGCUGGGAAUCAGAUUGGCCGAGUAGCCUAUUCAAUGCCGGCUUUCAUUAGUUAAAGAACAUCCAUAUUUUGCCUAUUUAUCAUCAUUCUGCCUUUUGUACCCUCUCAAGAACUAAUCCCCCACCACCUCCAGCACUCAACAUGGCAAGAACAAGCAUAAUUUUGGGCAACAUAUAUUAGCAGCAGCAGCAGAGGCAUUCUUUUUCAUGGACAACUUGUAGAAUAUGUUUGUAUUUUCCUAAACAGUUCUCAUUCUGGCAAAGAAACUCAUGUAUAGUACCUACAUAUUUGAUUUGUUAGAAAGUAUAUAAUAACUUAUUUAUCCUCA